AUGAAUAUUAAAAUUAGUUUUUUUUUUUUUUCCGCUGAAGGAAAUGUUUUCGAACAAAUCGCUUGUGAGCAUCGGCUGAACAGACGGGAACAUACAUGGCAGAUGGUGAUUUGUCAAUGCUUUUUAUUUAAAUCUCUUUUUCAUAUAUUCAUUUCCUCCUUCUUUCUCCAUCUCUCUCACACUAAUAUACAUCUCUCUCUCUCUCUCUCUCUCUCUCUCUCUCUCUCUCUCUCUCUCUCUCUCUCUAGUACUCAGAACAUCUUGCGUCUUUUUUUCUUUUCGUUCUUAUUUCUUCCUUCCAUCUCUAUUUCUCUUGCACACUCAUUCCCUCUCUCUCUCUCUCACACACACGCGCGCGCACGCGCGCUUCCUAUCACAUAUACAUAUUUCCCUCACUUCCUUUCUUGCUCUCUCUUUUUUUCACUCUCUCUCUCUCUCUCUCUCUCUCUCUCUCUCUUCCUCUCCCUAAUCAGCUUACGCCCUUUUAAACUGUUCUGUAAUUCAAUAAUAGUAGUUUGUCCUUGCUCUCUCUCUCUCUCUCUCUCUCUCUCUCUCUCUCUCUCUCUCUCUCUCUCUAUUUCACUAUUUCUUUUUUCUCUCGUUCUGUCCCGCACACUUACUUUCUCUUUCACUCUCCCUUUGUCUCUUUCUCUCUUCACCUCUAUCCGUCUUCCGCUAUCUCCCUCUGUCACAUUCUCUUUCUCUCUCCUCCAUGUCCCCUUCCCUCUUUCUUUCUACCUCCCUCUCUCUUUCGCUGUCUGUGUAUAG